AUGUCUGAUUUAGCAAAUGAAUUAGGUUUCGACCCAAGCUUGAAGAAGAAAAAGAAGACAAAGAAGGUCGCUCCAGCUGAUUUCGACAGUCCAGCAGAACCGGUGGCUGAAGAUGACAUUUUUGCCGGAUUAAAGAAGAAGAAGAAGAAGUCUAAGGAUAUCCAAGAGGGCGAUGAAGCUGAAAAAGGCGUUGACGAAGUUUCUGAAGCUCUAGGUGAGUUGAAGCUGAAAAAGAAGAAGAAGAAGAGCAAAGAGGUGAGUCUGGACGACUUUGACAAGGAAUUGGAAAAGGCAGGUGUUGCAGCGGCAGAGGCUAGUAAAGAAGCCACUCCAGUCGCGGCUGUUGGUUCUGAAGUGCAACAAAAUGUCGGUUUGCCUUACAAUGAACUGCUUUCGCGGUUUUUCACAAUCCUAAGAACCAACAACCCAGAAUUGGCCGGCGACAGAAGUGGGCCGAAGUUCCGCAUUCCGCCACCUGUAUGUCAGCGUGACGGUAAAAAGACCAUUUUCUGCAAUAUUCAAGAAAUUUCCGAGAAAUUGCAACGGUCUCCAGAGCAUCUAAUCCAGUAUCUGUUUGCAGAAUUGGGUACUUCUGGUUCCGUCGAUGGUCAAAGGAGACUGGUUAUCAAGGGUAAAUUCAUGCCCAAACAGAUGGAAAACGUGCUUAGAAGAUACAUUCUGGAAUACGUUACCUGCAAGACCUGUAAGAGCAUUAACACAGACUUGAGGAAAGAACAAUCCAAUAGAUUGUUUUUCUUGGUCUGUAAGAGCUGUGGUUCUACCAGAUCGGUCUCUUCGAUCAAGACUGGUUUCCAAGCCACCGUGGGCAAGAGAAAGAGAAUGUGA